AUUUAAAACUAUUUGAAAUUGAUAUUUAAAUUAAGAUGAAAUGUUAAAUAAAAUUUAAAAAAUAAUUCAAAUAAGUGCGUUUACAUUAGAGCGAUUGAAAACAACCAACAAACAAUUAUUUUCAACAUUCCUCGACUGGAAUGAUUAAUAUACGUUUGAUCUUAGUUUCUCACAUAUUAGUAAAUUAUUUUGGUAGAAGCAAAGCAGACUCUAGAGCUUUUGGUUUUAAUGCAUUUUUUAAGCAGAAAAUACGUGCAAAUGUGACUUGUGGUUCUCCUGCAGAACAAUACUUUAACACUACAGAAGGUUAUAUAUCGCCGCGUGAAAGGCAACUUUCUUUAUGUGAUUCCGUCAACCCUCUUUAUGCAAGACCUCCGUCGUUAAUGUUAGAUGGAGACUUAUACACCUCUUGGCAGUCACGAAACAACAUUGACAUGGCUUAUAUUACAAUUGACAUAGAUAAGCCUGUGUUUGGAAAACAAAUGAUUUUUAACUUUGGUUAUUAUCGUCGACCUGGUCAAAUUGCAAUAUUUAAGUCUUCUGAUUUUGGUAAGACUUAUCAUCCAUGGCAUUAUAUGGUAUCAUUGAGAGAACAAUGCACAAGUGUGUUUGGAAUACCUGAAAGCGAAAUAUAUGUUCUGCCUGACCAAAAUACAAACCGUGUUUUGUGUCAGGAAUACAAAGGAUAUCCGUUUGAAUUCAAUGAGGAAGUCAUGAUUGACUUAAAUGGUGAUCUGAGAGGAGAUGGCUCUGAUACUUACGAGUCGCCAGAAUUAUUGAGGUGGAUGAACACAACUAACGUGCAUAUUCGCUUUUCUGGAUUGUAUAGAAAGUUUGACUACAUUGAUACAAGAUGGCAUCAUUAUUCGGUCAGUGAAAUUUCGUUAAUUUCGCGUUGUGAUUGCAAUGGUCAUGGUGAUGGUUUAAGUUGCCCUGUUGACUCAGUGACUGGAUUUAGGACUUGUAUUUGUUCUGAUAAUACGUGUGGUGCGAAUUGCGAAAAGUGUUGUCCGGCUUUCAAUCAGUACCCUUGGGUACGAGGAACUCAAUCAGCUUGGAAUUCCGACAACACAACGUCGUGUCAGCCUUGUAACUGCUUUGGUCACAGCAAUUCCUGCCGAUACAGUCAAGAUGUUGCUAAUUCUCGUUUAAGUUUAAACAAUGAUGGAGAAUAUUAUGGUGGAGGCGUUUGCGAAAACUGCCAACAUAACACGAUGGGAAUCAACUGUGAAAAAUGUAAACCAUUUUACUACCGACUAUCAAAUGUACCUCCAGAUUCACCAAACAUUUGCUUAGCUUGCGGGUGUUCGAUAGAAGGUAGCCAGCCUGGAAAUAGUAUGCUAAAGUUCGCUGAAUGUAUUACUGAUUCUUCAAUGAUGAGUUUAUAUGCUGGAAAGAAUGUUGGCGAUUGCUUCUGUAAAGCAAACGUUAUUGGAGCGAAAUGCGAUACGUGUAAAGACCAAUUUUACAGACUAGAACAAUCGAAUCCUUUAGGUUGCAGACCCUGUGCGUGCAAUUUGGACGGAACAGUUCAAAGGUUUAAUCUAUGCCACAAAGAUUUUUUUGGCCAAUGCCCAUGUAAAAGCAAUGUAAAACUACGUGACUGUACAAGAUGCAAAGAUGGAUAUUACGAUCUACGAAACGAUGAUAUAAACGGAUGCAAAUGGUGUGACUGCGACGCAGGAGCAUCAUUAAGUCCGUAUAUUUGUGAUAAAGUUACAGGUGUGUGUUCAUGUCGGGCUCAUACUACAGGCCGACAAUGUAAAGAAGUGGAGCAAGGUUAUUACUUCCCUGAUCUAUAUUACAUCCAAGGAGUAAGAAAUCUGUACACUAACCCACAGUCAUCUCUCCAAACAACUCUUGUUAUUCCUCAAGACUCCUUAUAUUACCUUCGUGUAGGUUAUACACUAAGUAGCAAUGUACAAGUGAAACUAUUUAUAGAAUUGAAAAAAUUUUCAACAAAAGAAGUUGUAUUUGGCAUUAAACCGUAUGCAGACAUAAAUUUGUGUUCAGAUAAAGAAUGCUAUGGAACUUUUUUUGCAAAUGAAUCUUCUCAAGUUUACAAUCUGCAAGCUGGCACUUAUGAUGUUGCAAUUACAUCAUCAUUUACAAGUACUUUCCUACUCCUGGAGCGAGUUGUUGCUAUACCAGCCGAAUUUAUUACAGCUGAUGUUUUAUUUGAAAAUGAUAGAAAACAGUAUUUGCAGAACUGUGGAGACAAUAAUUUAAGAAUUGGUACUACUGAUGAAGCUAAAUGCUUAGCAGCUGUUUAUAGUAUGACUAUAAAGUUUGAAGAUGGUGCACUUCCUUGUGGUUGCAAUUCUGUUGGUUCUGUAUCCAAUAUAUGUGAUAAAUAUGGUGGAAACUGUCAAUGCAAAUCUGGUGUUGGUGGUCGAGACUGUUCAUAUUGUUUACCUGGCUUUUAUGGUUUUUCACGUGCAGGGUGUACAGCCUGUAACUGCAAAGGGACAGAUAAAAUUUGUAAUCCUAUCAGUGGUAUAUGUAAUUGUCCUCCCAACACUCGAGGAAGAACCUGUGAACCAUGUGCAUGCAAUGGUAAUAGUGAUCAAUGUACAAGAGAUGGUAUAUGUUUAAACUGCCAGUUUAAUUCAAUGGGAAAUUCUUGUCAGUUUUGUAAAUCAGGAUUCUAUGGAAAUGCAUUAAUAAAUCAAUGUUUAGGAUGUAAUUGUCACAUAUUUGGUUCAUAUAAUGCUUCAUGUGAUAUGGUCACAGGGCAAUGUUAUUGUAAACCUGGAGUAGUAGGGCAGACUUGCUCUAAAUGUGCACCCAAUUAUUUUGGUUUAAGUCCUAGUGGAUGUAGUCCAUGCAAUUGUAAUGCUUUUGGCUCCUCAGAACAACAAUGCAACAAUGCUGGUCAGUGUUCUUGUUUUACUGAUGUUCAAGGACUGAAAUGUGAUAAAUGCAAAGUUGGUUACUUUGGCCUCCCAGCAAAACCAUGUUCUCCUUGUGAAUGUCAUUUGGUUGGGACUAUUCUUAAUACUAACUGUGUAAAUGACGUAUUUGGGCAAUGUUCCUGUAAACCAGGUGUUGAAGGUCGAGAUUGUGGUCAAUGCCAAAAACAAUACUCUGACUUUGGAAUUAACGGCUGUAAACAAUGCCCACUUUGUACACGAAAGCUUCAGUUAUAUGUUGACAGUGUUGAUAAUCAAUUAGAAGAUCUUGAAGAACAACUUGAGCUGACACAAAAUCUAACCGAUUUGCAAACUGAGUUGAAAUUAACUCAAGCUAAAAAACAGCAAGUAGAGCUGAAUGCAAUAUACUUUGAAAAUCGACUUUUGCAAGGUCAGAAAGAUUUUGCCAUAUUGCACAACGACAAACUUAUUCCUUGGAACAUGAGACUUACUGAUCUUCUUAAUGAGAUUAACAAUGUUCAAACACAAGUAAUAAAAAUGAGACAGAUGACAUUUGAAAGUUCUGAAAGAAUGACUUCUAUAUACAAUGCAGCUGUUCAAGGAGAUAAAAUGAGCAAAGAAAGUGAUAGUUUUGCAUCAGCUGUAUUUUCAUACUUGGUCUACUUAAAUUCACUUGCUUCUGAUUUUGUAAGCAAAGCAUAUUCAUACUCACAAAAUGUUCCCACUUUUAAUUUGGAAAGUUUUGAGAAAAUUAUUGAUAGAGACCUAAAGUUAUCAAAUGAUUUACUUACAAAUAUUACAAACAUGGCAAAAGAUGUUGCUAGCCACCAAACUCUUGCAAGAGCAUUUUUUUUGAAUUUUGAUCAAAUUGUUUUGUUUUUCCAAAAUAAACAAGAUCAAUGGUCAGCUUCAUUAGGAAAUUUUAUUGAGCAAAUAACAAAUAUUUAUAACAAAGGAAAGCAAAUUGAAAUGUUGAUGAAUCAAACUCAAAGUCUGCUGAAUACACAAAAAGAUUUCAUUUUUUCAACUAUUGCAGAACAAAGUAAUAUAUCUCAGUAUUUAUCUCAAACUGAUGGAUUGUUUCAACAAGCUUACAGUGUGUAUGAGAAAACCUUUAUGCAAACGCAGCAAAUCACUGGGAGUAUUGAGGUGAUGUUUAUGCAAUACAACCCCCAAAAUAGCAUGGUUCGUGUUAAUGUUCUAAGAGGAUAUCAGCUUGUUGCCCGAGAUUACCCAUCAAUGACAUCAAAUCCAUUUUUUACAUUGAGGAUAUCUCCUAGCUGGUGGGACCAAGGAACAUUAGAGUCUGCUCCUAAGCAAGCAACACUUGAUCCAAUAUGGGACUGGCCUGUUGGAGGAACUUACACAUUUUUCAUUACAUCUGAGCAGAUGAAGUUAACAAAGUUGAUAAUAACUGUUCUUGACUAUGAUGAAGAUGGUAACAAUGAUUUCAUGGGAGAAGUAGUCAUAGAUUUAGCAAUAAUACUUCCAAUUAUCAGUCAGUCAUCAGUACAGAACACGUAUACUUUGAAUCCUCAGGGUUACGCAUCCAGAUGGCUGGACACUUUUCCUGGUCCUGGUGAUAAUAGCAUAUUAGAUCUUCAAGACAUGUUGAAAUCCCAGAUUACCACAGUUACAGAUAACUUAAAUGAUUUAUCAAAAUUACAGACAUUGGCAGAUGCUCAAGCUAAUAAGUUACAAAAACAAGCCCAAGAUUUAUCAAACACAUUUGAUCUUGCAAAACAGUAUGCAUCAAAAGCAGUCAAUGCUGUGAAUGCUUAUAAUCAAAUUUAUCAACUUAUAAAUUCUUCAUUGUUAGCUGCAGCCUCUGCUAGCUCGUCUGUUCAGGCUUUUACAUUGCUGUUAAAUGGGAUAUCUAUCUCAACCUUUACAUCAAAAACAGAUACAGAACUUUUAGCAGCACAACAAUUUCUUUCACAAACAAGAAGUAGGAAUAUCUCAAGAGCAGUGUUGCAAAUUGAUCUUCGAUCAGAAACACUUGGUAGUUCUGGUGUAAAUGUUCCUCCAAGGUCUUCUAUUCUAAUCAAUAAUGUUGAAUACCAUCCAAAUAUUAAUGGACAUACAGUAAUGGUACUUAGUUAUGUUUCAGGAUCAGUUCUUGGUAUUAAAACAUUUCGAACAGAUAUAAAUCAAAAUGCAGGAGCUGAAUUUCUGAAUUAUCUAAUUAAUAUUCCUCCUGAUGUCAUUGUAAUCAUUGUGAAACAAGGUGAAGGGAGCAUUGCUUCAUUUUAUCAAGCAUCUGUUAUCACCCAAUUAAUUGGAUUAGGGGGGCAGGUACCAUAUUUUAGUGGUAAUAGAGGUUCGUAUGUUUUAUUGGGUUACAAAAAAACAAAUACAGACACCUUUCCAUGGGUAAGUCAAGAUUUAAAGGCAGAAAGACUGGGAAUAAGCAAGAUUAGUAAAUUGGUGUAUUUAAAAUCUACUCUUAAUGACUUGAUCGAAAUGGCAAAUAAAACAUUCUUGGCAGCUCUUCCACAGUGGGAUGAAAUUAAUAGUUUAUUUCCCAUCCUUAAGUUGAAAACUAGUGAGUUAGCAGCUGAAUCCUCUACAGCUCCACUUGUUCAGGCAGCACUUGAUAGUGCUAAUGUAGUUAUUUCACAAUCAGCAGUUUCAGCUUCAAAGAUAUUCCAGUUAACACAAAAUUUACUUGGUUCAGUUGAUGAUCUAUCCCAAAAGUUCAAUUAUCUUGCAUCUGCUUCAACCAAUGUCACCAAUGUGAUUGCUGAGGGUCAAGAAAUUGUUAUGACAGCUGAAUAUAAACUCCAAUUUCAGCAGAAGAAUGUGGGAGAUGCACUGAACAUCAUAUCUUCAGCCUCAUACAAUAGUAAAAUAGAACAAAAGCAAAGUGAAUUAGAUUUUAAGUUGUCUCAGCUUAAUACAAUUGCAUCUAAAAUGCCUUUUACAAUAAAGUACAUGGAGGGUGAGCAAUCUAGCUAUAAACUUACUAUGUUAAACAGUGGUUAUACUGAGCAACGAAGGUUCAUGACAGUAUCAUUUGACUUCAUUCCAUUUAAUAAUAAUGGUAUUUUGUGGUUUUUAUUGUCUUCGCCUGACUCACUGGCUGGCAGUAUGGGUAUAUAUAUCAAAGAUGGCUUUCUUUAUUUUACCUACAACCUGGGCAGAGGAGCUAUUACAGAGAAAAUCCGUGAUGUUCGUCUAGGUGAAUGGAGUUAUAUCAAUGUUGCUAUGAUUCUUAAAGAUGUCACAGUUGUGUUUAGAGAUUCUUAUGGUUCAACCACUGUCAUAAAAAUGUCUUCACCAUAUUAUAAUGAUAAAACUUACAUGACAUUUGAUUCAUACAGCAUGUGGUAUCUCAAUGGUUUCCCUGACGAUGUUAUGGAUAAAUUAACCGAUACAUUUGGCUCAAUGAGUGCUGUUUACGAUAAUAUCUUUAUUAAUGAUGUUUACUAUAACCCAUGGAACACUGAUAUGUACACCGGAAUAAUGUCUUAUGCAAACUACAGAUAUAAGUUGGUUACCACUAAUGGUAGUUAUGUUACUUUAUUUGGAACUGGUUACAUUAAACAUAAUGUUGGAGGUUUUAUGGUAAAUAGAGAUUACUCAUCAAUAAAACUUGAAUUCCGCACAUUAAGAGAUAAUGUUGUUAUUUUUGGCGUAGUAGGAGUGUCUGGAAAUUUUGUAUAUGGUCUUUAUAUUUUUGGUGGAAGACUGAUGUUUUCAUUUGCAACAAGCUUGGGUAAUGAUAUAGCAGUUUUAUCUACAAGAAAUAUAUACAACAAUGGUGAGUGGUAUGUAGUUCAAAUUACUCGAAGUGGAGUUAAUGCCACAUUAAGUGUUAAACCAAUGAAUCCCUUUUAUCAAGUUCUAGCCGAGUCAAUUUCAGAAUAUCUAGGACCUGCUGUUAUCCCAACUGGUGUAAACAUCAUUUUUGGGGCUCCAUCUAAAGAUAGUCAAAUUCUUCCAACUGUUUCUGGCAUAUUUGCUGGAGAUAUGCGAAAUUUAAUGAUUAGCGGAAGUUCAGGUGAUUCUCUAACUAAUAGACAGUGGAAUGGUGACCAUCUUAUUGAGCAAAAGGCAACAAGUUAUUAUGGACAAAUUGAUGGUCUAAUUGUUCCUGGUAUACGUUUUUAUGGUUACAUGUGGUGGGAAAAGUCAAGUUCUUAUGCAGUACUUAAUAGCUUCUUAACAGAGGAUAUUGUCUCUAUAUAUAUGAGCUUCAAAACAAUGCAACUAAAUGGGUUGAUAUUAUAUAGACCUCCAGCGCCUAGUGGAUAUCAUUUUUACAUUGGGCUAGUAGCUGGCAACCUUUUUAUUGCAUUUACAUCAGUGACAAACACUUAUAGUUAUCAACCAUUUGUAACAAAAAAUAAAACUUUAAGUGAUGGGCAAUGGCAUAACACAAGUGUUGCUUAUACACCACAAGGUUUUCAGGUUCAGGUUGAUGGAGAAAUUUUGUAUCUUGGGUGGUUUGGAAAUUCUUUAACACCUAAAAUUGGCACGGGAAGUAUUUAUGUUGGUGGAAUUCCUACUGGUGUUUUGGUUGAUUUACAACUGCCAACUACAGCUUCAUUAGCCAUUGAUUUUUAUACAAUCCUUAUUAAUAGAAUUGAACAAAACAAAUUUGCAGUCAUGUCUAGUGGUGUCUCUUAUGCAGGGAUUACACCAGGAGUUAACUCACCUCAACCUUUGCCAUCUUGUGCCGCUUCGUUUCCUGAUUACCUAUUUUCUCCAGAUCCACUACCAGUACAAUUUGGAGCAACCCCUUGGUAUGGUUACCAAACAUACAUUGGUUAUCAAUUAAGUGAGGAAACCUUACAGAAAUAUUUUUCUAGCAGUUUUGUAAUUACGAUGACUUUUAAAGCUAUGCUUCCAGAUGGCAUCAUGUUUUAUAUUGCAGACAGUGAGACAAACCCAACACAGUAUGUAUCUUUAGAAUUAAUAGGUGGUCAACUCAGAUAUGAGUUUUUCAAUGGUAAUGAGAAAGUUUCAAUAAAUACAGAAAACAUGACCAGCUACUCAAACAAUGGUAAAGUAUAUAAGGUAUAUCUACUGCGUAUUUAUCAAUUUGGUGCCAUGCUUAUCCCUGAUACUAUGGAAUACAAAAAUGCUCGCCAAAGCAAUGCAGCAUCUAUAAUGACUUUAAAAACACCCUUAUAUAUUGGUGGUUUACCAAACACCAUUAAUGCACCAAAUUUUGUAAGGAGAAAGUAUGGGUUUUCUGGUUGCUUUCAAAAGUUUGAAAUAUCUUCUGGAAUGGAAACAUACCCUAUCGAUUUUACAAAUCCAGACCUUGGAGGGACACCAACUGGAACACUUCCAUGCUAUUCUAACACUGAACCUGGCGUUUACUUUAAUGGCAAUGACUCCUGGGUUUUAUAUGAUUCAACGUUUCAGCUUGAAAUAAAUUUUGAUAUUGAAAUGCAGUUUCGAACGUAUGAACGUUCUGGAUUGCUUUUUUACGCCUACUCCAAACAAACUCCUCAGGGUGUUGGAGGUGAUUAUGGCGCUUAUGCAUUACUUGAACUUGUAGAUGGAAAGAUUGUUUUCCGCUACAAAGCGAAUUUGUUUAAAAGUGGGCAAAGCAUUGAAUGGAGUGACAAAAAAGUUGAUACAUCUUUUUAUCUUUGCGAUCAAAAGUGGCACACAGUAAGAUUAUCUAAAUCUGGUCAAGAUGUGACUAUCGAAGUUGAUAAAAAUGUCGUCUAUGGUAGUUUAGAUACCUCAAAUAGUGGAUCAAUUAACGGUGUCGCAUAUAUAGGCGGCGUUAAAAACGGCAUUUUUAAACCUGGUUCUUUUUCACGCUAUUUUGACGGAUGCUUAAAGAUAAUAUCACUGAAUAAAAGAACUGACGACAUUCAUACAAGUGAAGAUGGUAACAACAUCGUGUUUGGCUGCGCUACGUUUUAACUUGGUUUUAGGAUAAAAAAUUUCAGAGCAAUAUAAGAUGUGAUAGUUGAACUGUCGAGGAAUUACGUUCUAAAAAAUUGGUUAGAUGGAAAACCUACUUCAUUUGAGUGGUUAACCUAUAUAAUUGCUUAGAUGCAAAACCCACUUGAUUAGUUAGAUUUAGUAGAUCUGCUUCAUAGCUUUGUUGUUCAAAUCAGCAUGAAGAAUCUUAGCAAAUUAACUCGAAAAGUAAAAUUAGUUAUAAUUAAAAAUAUAAUAUAUAAUUAACAAUAAAAAUAUAGUUUAAAUA